UUGUAGUCCCAAUUUGGCUAUAGAAAAAGUGUGAGUUAUCAAAGGUAGAGGUGGUAGUGAAGUAUAGGAGCGGCAUGUGGAGUGGUUUCGAUCGUUGCAGUUCUCGUGGCGUGGAUAUUCAAAGUACCAAUAAUGCUGGCAGCAGUCAACAGGAGACUUUGGCCGAAAUUGAACACAUAUCAACGAUAGCAGGCUCGCUAGUAUCAAUUGCUUCCAUAUCACAUACACACACGCAAGUACGUUAUCAAUGUACAAACGAUGCUGGUUAUGAAACUGAACACACCUCACUCAAUUCGGAUUUUGAUGAGGCGGAACUGCGUCGGGAAUUAUUGCGUGAUAAAUGGAAACUAUUGUUUGAUAUGUUUGACCCAGAAGGAUUUGGGGAGAUACCCGUUGAUGACUUUGUAAAGGCAUUAAAAUCCCCAGAAUUCUUGUCACAAGUGCCUAUGAAUAAACGAGAAUUGUUGCAUGAGCGCGCGAAAAAGGCGCGAUUGCCAAUUGGUCCCGGUUUUGUUACCUUCCAGGAUUUUGUAAAUGUGAUGAGCGGUAAACGUUCGCGCAGCUUUAAAUGUGCCGUGCAUCAACGUGAUCGAGAAGUUUGUUCAGAUAAUGAUUUUCAUAUUAUAUUAGAAGAGCCGCCAUUCUUCAAGAAGAUGGUGCACAUCGUUGCCAUGGAAAUAUUGCCCGAAGAACGUGAUAGGAAAUAUUAUGCCGAUCGUUAUUCAUGUUGCCCGCCGCCCCUAUUCAUCGUACUUAUGACAAUCAUAGAGCUUUGUUUCUUCACCUACCAUACAUUGAGUAUCGGAGAAGCGGAUCCUGCUGGCCCAAUACCGAUUGACUCAUUAUUCAUCUACCGUCCGGAUAAACGCAGCGAAGUUUGGCGUUUCAUAUUUUAUAUGGUUUUACAUGCCGGUUGGUUUCAUCUCGGCUUCAAUUUAUGUGUGCAGCUACUUUACGGACUACCACUAGAGAUGGUGCAUGGAUCUGGACGAAUUGCUUGUAUAUAUUUUUCUGGUGUAUUGGCUGGUUCACUAGGCACUAGCAUAUUUGAUCCGGAGGUGUACCUGGUUGGAGCCAGCGGCGGGGUAUACGCACUACUAGCGGCACACCUGGCCAACGUAAUGCUGAAUUUUCAUCAAAUGCGUUAUGGUAUUCUGCGUUUGAUUGCCAUUUUGUCAUUUGCAUCCUGUGAUUUUGGCUUUGCAAUUUACAGUCGAUAUGCUGGGGACUAUUCAUUCAGUCCUUCAGUGUCGUAUGUCGCACACUUGACUGGUGCCUUAGCGGGUCUCACUAUCGGCCUAAUUGUACUCAAGAAUUUUGAGCAAAAACUACACGAACAACUUUUAUGGUGGAUCGCUCUAGGCAUUUACACGGCCUAUAUUAUAUUCGCAAUUGUCUUCAAUGUACUAAACAGUGCUGCCAUUCAGAGUCUGCAAGCGGAGCCCAUCUAUGCCACAGAAACGUUUUUCAAUGAUUUUCAUGUAUAAUAUUUAGUUUUAAGCGCUUAUUGCUUCCUGCGAUCGAUUCGUAAAUGUAUUUUGCUAAAUGUGAAAAAGUAUGCACGUUUUGUAAUUAGUAGUGGUGUAAAAUUUGUGUUAAACGCUUCUAAGAAAUUUCCUUUGUUUUGCAAUGUCAUUUCUAUAAAAAAGUGAAAGAAUGAUAUGGAAGUUUGUGCUUUAUUAGCUAAAUUAAAUAAAACUUUAUUUAUUUUCUUUUUGUUUCAUCAAAUAAAGUCUAUUGAACUAAUUUUGUUACACAUCACUUAAAAAAUAGUAGCAACAGUACUCGCAUUUUUGUUACGUUCAUAUAACCUACAAACUUGCCUACAUAUGUAUAAUCAAACACAGUCUGAUUCACAGAUUUUAUCAGCGAUCUCAGAAGAUCGUGCAAUAAUUGAAUAUAACGUAUUUAGUAUAAGUUUAUAUAAAUUAGAAGUAGCAUUUAUGUACAUAUAUAUGUAAAUUAUUAUAUCUCUCUGAAAUAGGAAUAACAUGAAUUUUGAAAAGUUUCUAAAUUGUCAGUACAAAUAAUUGCUUUUAUAGAAUCUGUAGAUUAAUUAGUUAUAUGUAAAUACAUACGAAAAAAACACAUAUUUAUAGGUAAUCGUAUAUUACCUUGAAACAUUAGAAUUAUGUACACUAGGUGCGCAAAUAAAUGGAGUGCGUCUUGAGGCAUUCGUUCGCUAUAUUGGAAUUUGGUAUUUUUUUAUAU